AUUGUUCAACCUUUUAACCAAACCUUGAUCAAAGUCCAUAGGUGUAGAUUGCACCUACAAAAGAGAACAUUCAUAGAUUCACUAGCAACUGAACCGACCAGAGUUUGGUCAUUAAAACGCCAAGUGAUGGCAGCUGACAUUCAGCCUCGGCUUUGCAAACUGUCCAAGAAGGAAGGUGAAAGUUUCGGCUUCUACUUAAGGAUAGAGAAAAACAUUGAGGGCCACUUGAUCCGCUCUGUGCUGACAGGAGGUCCAGCUGACACCGUUGGACUGAGAGAUGGUGAUCGAGUCAUUAGGGUCAACACGGUUUUUGUGGAUGGUGAAGAACAUCAAAAGGUGGUAGAUUUAAUUAAAAAGUCUGGGAAUUGUGUUACCCUUCUGGUACUGGAUGACACCACAUAUACACAUGCCAAAAAGCAAGGUAUUAAUCUGUCUCAAGUGAACACUCCCAAUCCAACUCCAAUCCAGCCUGUGGUGAAUGGAGUCAGUGGAAAAACACCACGGCCCAAACUGUGCUACCUGGUGAAACAAGCUUCGAGCUUUGGAUUUUCGUUGAAGACCGUCGAAGGAGUGCCUGGUCUGUUUAUGACUGAGAUCACCCCUGCUGGUGCUGCUUUCAAUGCUGGAGUUGAACCCAAUGACCGAAUAAUUGAACUAAACGGGGAAAAUGUUGAAAACGCCUCUCAUCAGCAAUUGGUGACUAAGAUGAAAGCUUCAGGCAACAAUAUCAUGCUGCUUCUGAUUGAUGAGACCUCAGACAAAUACUUCAAAAGCAAAAUGAUUAAGAUUGUGGCAUCGAUGGCAAGUGUGAAAGGACUGCCCCUCCAACCACGGAUUGCACAGCUAACUAAGGGACCUCAAGGCUAUGGUUUCUACUUGAGAGUCGAACAAGAACGACAGGGUCAUUUAAUCAAGGAGAUUGACCAAAACAGUCCAGCAGAAAAAUCUGGGCUACUUGAUGGUGAUCUUCUGAUUGCUGUGAAUGGGGAUGUCGUAGAUCAUCUGGAUCACGAAUCGUUAGUUGAUAAGAUAAAGAAGUGUGGGAACCAGGUCACAUUCCUUGUUGUUGAUAGCACAACAAAUGAGCUUUAUAAACAGGCUGGUAUUUCUCCAAUCUGCUAUUGGAAAGAGGUUUAUGAAUUGGAUCAACCAGUGGAAGUUGAGGAGUCUCAAGGGAACCAGAGAUCGACAGAAAGUCCUCAACAUGGUCCCAGAAUGUGUCACCUGACCAAAGGUCCAGAAGGAUAUGGCUUCAUUCUCAAUGCAAUCAAGGGUGUGCAAGGGCAGUUUAUUAAACAGGUUAUUAAAGGCAGCACAGCUGAAGAGGCAAGCCUGCAAGUGAAUGACAUAUUGAUUGAAGUGAAUGGCAUCAAUGUGGAGACAGAUACACAUGAAGAAUUGAUAGAAAAAAUCAAGACCAGUGGUGAUAAGUUGAGUUUGCUGGUGAUUAGAAAGGAAGAGUAUGAUCAUUACAAAGAAACAAACACCCCAACUUCAGCAAAUGGAAGCCGAGUGCCAACGUCUGAGCCAGUUACUCCUCCCGAGAAUAUCGAGGAGGAAAGCACGCCUGAGGAGCCAGAAACUCAGGAACCAGUAGCUGACAGUCCUACCCUGGCAAGGAGAGAGCAGGCCAAGUCGUCAGCUGAAGGGGAUACAGAUGAUGAUACACAAUUGUAACAAAACAUUAGAGGAGCAACAUAAUCAACAUCUCAGCAGCUUUUAUGAACUGGAAUGACCUGCAAUAGUUUAUGGCUUAACUCAGAUUUACCAAACUUUGUUCCUCAUUAAAGUAUAUUUCCCACAGAGGUGUUUCAAAACCAUGAUUCCUAAAUAUUUUUUUCAAAGUUCAAUCAAAGAAUCUUACAGUACUCAUGGUAACCACUCAGCCAUUGUGCUUAUGCUGGGUCUUUGAAAUCUAUCCAAAUUAAUCCCAUUCCCCUACCCUUUCCUCUUAACCCAUAUCAUUUUGCCCCCUUCAUAUUGUCCAAUUCUCUUUAGAAAGUUAUUAUUGCAUCUACUUCCACUACCUUUUCAGGUAGACCAUUUUGGAUCAUAACUCAUUCUUAGUUCAUGUCACCUCUGAUUCUUUUGUUGAUCACCUCAAAUCUGCCUUCGCUGGUUAUCAAUGCCCUGCCAAUUGAUUAAAUCGCCCCUUAACUUUUUCUACUUUAAGGAGAAUAAAUCUUUAAAAUGAAA